AGCGGAGCGGAGCCCGCUCGGGACGCGCCCCCCACGGCAGCGGCUGGGACGGGGGCGGCCGGAGCUACCACAGCGGCGGCCCCAUGUUUUCCCCCAGUCAGGAGGAGCUGUGCGCGCUGAACAAGGAGCCCGUCAAGUACGGGGAGCUGGUGGUGCUGGGGUAUAAUGGAUUCCUCCCUAAUGGUGACAGGGGGCGCAGGAAAAGCAGAUUUGCCCUUUAUAAGCGACCUAAAGCAAAUGGAGUUAAACCCAGCACUGUUCAUGUCAUCAAUACUCCUCAAGCAUCAAAGGCAAUCAGCGCAAAAGGUCACCACAGUAUCUCUUUCACAUUGUCCAGAAGCCAGACUGUUAUAGUGGAAUAUAUUCAUGAUAAAGAUACAGACAUGUUUCAGGUUGGGAGGUCUACAGAAAGCCCCAUAGACUUUGUAGUAACAGAUACUAUUUCAGGAAAUCAAAAUAAUGAUGAAACCCUGAUUACCCAGAGCACCAUCUCCCGAUUUGCCUGCAGGAUUGUUUGUGACAGGAGCCCACCAUACACAGCAAGGAUCUUUGCAGCUGGAUUUGACUCGUCUAAAAAUAUAUUUCUUGGUGAAAAAGCGGCCAAAUGGAAAAACCCCGAUGGCCACAUGGAUGGACUGACAACCAACGGGGUGCUGGUCAUGCAUCCCAAAGGAGGAUUCACAGAGGAGUCCAAGCCCGGGGUGUGGCGCGAGAUCUCCGUCUGUGGGGACGUGUACACGCUCCGGGAGACCAGGUCUGCUCAGCAGAGAGGCAAACUGGUAGAAAACGAGACCAACAUCCUUCAGGACGGCUCGCUGAUCGACCUGUGCGGGGCCACGCUGCUGUGGAGGACGGCGGACGGGCUGCUGCUCACGCCCACACAGAAACACAUCGAGGCCCUGCGGCAGGAGAUCAACGCGGCCCGGCCCCAGUGCCCCGUGGGCUUCAACACCUUGGCCUUCCCCAGCAUCAACCGCAAGGACGUGGUGGAGGAGAAGCAGCCUUGGGCCUACCUCAGCUGCGGCCACGUGCACGGCUACCACAACUGGGGCCACCGCAGCGACACGGAGGCCAACGAGCGCGAGUGCCCCAUGUGCAGAACCGUGGGCCCCUACGUGCCUCUGUGGCUGGGCUGCGAGGCCGGCUUUUACGUGGACGCCGGGCCCCCCACGCACGCUUUCACGCCCUGCGGACACGUCUGCUCCGAGAAAUCGGCCAAGUACUGGUCGCAGAUCCCGCUGCCCCACGGGACUCACGCCUUCCACGCCGCCUGCCCCUUCUGCGCCACGCAGCUCUGCGGGGAGAACAACUGCGUCAAGCUCAUCUUUCAGGGUCCCAUCGACUGAGAAAAGAAAUGACCACAAAUAAAGUGUUUUCGUUUUUUUCUUUGCUUUUAACGGUUUACUGUGAAGAUUUUUUGCCACUAAUUCUAGAUUUUACCUUUUUUUAUAAUGUUGUUAAUAAAGGGGGUGGUAGGGUGGGGAUGGGGGAAGCGGUGAGGAAAUGUGGUGGAGUUGGGAUACAUUGAUACCUGGAACUUGACAGCUAUCAGUGGUGUUGCAUGCUCAAAAGCAGCAUAUUCAUGGAGUCUUCUUGGUCAAAAUUGUAGUAUAUUUGUAAUCUUUUUAUUAGUACCCUGGAUCAGAAAAAGGUGUCUUAAAUGAUUUUUUUAAGCUAAGAUUUUUUAACGGAAAGGUUUUUUCUUCUAAACUUUGACAAGCCUUUAAAACCUAUUUUUCAAAUCUAGAAGGAACAUACAGAAUGUAACUGUCUUUAAUUUGCAAUAUAAUUUAACUUGAAUAGUUUCUCAAGGAGCAAAUGCAGAAUGUGUGGACAACCAUAGGUGAAUGUUCACUA